GGAGUAUAACUCACCACCAGGCAUAGGAUUACCCAGAGAAAGCCUGGGUUUUUUCCGUCCUUUAGCAGAGAUGUCACUGUCGUCAUCCGAGUCCUGAAGACACUCCAGCUCUCUAUCAAUGUCAUCCAUACUCGAACAUCCGUGCCUGAUGAACUACACCCAGCCGGAUCUCAUGUGCUGACGUGUCGGCUCCUCUUACCCACUGCUCAUGCUCCAGCUCCAGCUGCUGAAACCGACACCAUCAACAAAAAUUGCCAGCAUGGCAGCAAAACACUUUUACCGACAAGGCUUUUUAUUACUUUUAUUUAAUUUUAUUUCAACAGCGGCCUUGGAGAAAAGGUUUUCCGACCUUAAAAGAUGCGCCGAUGAGGAGUGCAGCAUGCUUCUGUGUCGGGGGAAAGCAGUGCAAGAUUUCUCAGGACCAGAUUGUCGAUUCUUGUCAUUUAAGAAAUCAGAAACUAUCUAUGUGUACUACAAACUAGCAGGUAGAAGGGCUGAUAUGUGGGCUGGAAGUGUUGGAAGUAACUUUGGCUAUUUCCCAAGUGAUCUUAUUGCAGUUAACCACCGAUAUACUGACAAAGAGCUAGAAGUUCCAACAGAGGAAACCGAUUUUGUGUGUUUUGACACUGGAUUUGAUAAGUUUAACAAUUAUGACAUAGAUUUUCUCUUAGGCACGUCAGAAAAGGAGAAUGAUAGUGAAAACAAUGAAACCCCUGACCACAUCCAAGUGGCAGAGGACAAUGAGAAAGAAACACUGCAUCAAGUUACGUCAGAGGGUCUUGAUUAUAUCCAAGAUGAUCAAAAUGCCUUGUUACCUGAACUUGAUGAAGAAACUGAAUCACCUUCUGUAGAUGCAGUGCAGUCAGAUUCCUCAGUUAUAUCUGAUUUUGGGGAAAAGGAAGAGGAGUUUACUUCAGAAAAUGAAACUGUCUUAACUUCUAAAGGAAGUCCAAUUCCAGAGAUGGAAACUACUAUUGGAACAACGUUUGAUGCAGUCUUGACUGAUGAGGAUGUCACUAAUAAAGUUACACCAUAUGAAGAGGAGGAAAGCAAAGAUGCGGAAAAUCACCCUGAAGACGAUGCUGAUGUCCUAAACACUCCGUUAUUGUCUUUCUCUGAAAAAUCCACAAACACCCCAGUAUCUGAUUCCCCUACUCAGCAUGAGGCUCCUCCAGAAACACAGGAUGAUACACUACAAUCAGCAGAGGAGAAGAAUGUGUGGACAACACCACAAAUCCCUGAGUUGAAAACUACUUUUGGAAAUACUUAUGACGCAGUCAUAACUAAUGACGAUGUCACGAAUAAAGUUACACCAUAUGAAGAGGAGGAAAGCAAAGAUGUGGACAAUCUCCCUGAAGACGAUGUUGAUGUCAUAAAGGGCACGCCAUUAUUGUCUUUCUCUGAAGAAGCCAUAGAAACAACAUUUGAUUCCCCUACAAAAACACAGGAUCAUACACUACAUACAGCAGAGGAGAAGAACAUGUGGAAAACACCACAAAUGCCUGAGUUGAAAACAACUAUUGGAACAACUUUUGAUGCGGUCAUUACUGAGGAAGAUGUCACUAAGAAGGUUACACCAUUUGAUGAGGAUGAAAGCGAAGAUGUGGAAAAUCUCCCUGAGGAAAACAUUGAUGACAUAAAAGACACUCGGUUAUUGUCUUUCUCUGAAGAAGCCACCAACACUCCAGCAUCAGAUUCCCCUGCACAGCAUGAGGCUCAUCCAGAGACACAGGAUGAUGCAUCACAAACAGCAGAGGAGAAGAACAUGUGGACAACACCACAAAUGCCCGAGUUUAAAACUACCGUUGGAACAACUUUUGAUGCAGUCAUUACUGAGGAAGUUGUCACUAAGAAGGUAACACCAUAUGAAGAGGAGGAAAGCAAAGAUGUGGAAAAUCUCCCUGAGGAAAACACUGAUGUCAUAAAAGACACUCCAUUGUUGUCUUUCUCUGAAGAAGCCACAAACACUCCAGCAUCAGAUUCCCCUGUACAGCAUGAGGCUCAUCCAGAAACACAGGAUCAUACAUCACAAACAGCAGAGGAGAAGAACAUGUGGACAACACCACAAAUGCUUGAGUUAAAAACUACAGUUGGAACAACUUUUGAUGCAGUCGUAACGAAUGAAGAUGUCACUAAGAAGGUUACACCAUAUGAAGAGAAGGACAACAAAGAUGUCGACAAUCUCCCCGAGGAAAAUGUUGAUGCCAUCAAAGACACUCUGUUAUUGUCUUUCUCUGAAGAAGCCACAAACGCUCCAGCACCUGAGGAGGAGAAGAACAUGUGGACAUGCAUUGAAGAUAAGGUUUUUUCAGUCGUCACUGGGGGAGGGAGGAUGUCACUAGAUUUUAGUUCAGAGGAAGAUGAAGAUGAUGAGCAAGAUGAAAUAGAAGAAGAACCGCUAACAACUGAAUAUGCAAAAGAGAAUGUUCCUCAAGACCAUCUUGAAACAGCUAAACCUGUAGAGCACGAAGAAGAAGGGGAGUUAUACGAAGAUUCAGAAGUCAAUGAUGACAAUGCAGAUAUAGAGGAGAGUAGCAUUUCAAUGGAGAAUAAAGAGGAUUUAGACAAUGAAUUUGAAGAAAACAAGAUUGUGACAGAUUCUGUAUUAGUCGGUACAGAAACUGAACCACAUCAGGAAACAUUUUCUAAAGAGGAGCAUGGAAACAAUUUAGAUGUUCAAGAUGACAAAGAGACAUUAGAGGACCACCUAUCUGAUCAAGCAAGUGACAAUUUAAUGACCGAUUCUUAUGUUGUGGGUCCAAAGAUUCAUGAUGAACCACAUAUAGAGGAGAAAGAUACAGAGCUUGUGGAAGAAAACAAUCUAAAGAAAGACGAGUUACUUGAAGAUGAAAAUGCACUUUUGUACUCACAAUCAAAUAAUACAGACCCUGACAUACCUGCUCUUGAAACUGAAACCCAGCCCACUGUGUCAACUCUAGAGCCCGAAUAUAGUGAUAGCGUGAUGAGACUUACUCUGCUGCGAGACCACUUCACAGCAGAAGGCAUGGAAAGGAUCCAAAGGCUUCUGGGUCUGAAAAAUCUCUACAAAUUGGAGGCCAUGUUCUCUGAUCUUGACGUAGAGUUGCAGUCGACCCGUCUGUUACACAGUGGCACGACGCAAGAAAUUGAAACUGCACUCGAGGGCAUCCUGGAAGCCUCGGAAAACACCAUCUUAGAUGAGGUCGAGAAGAUGCUGGACAGCCAUAACAUGAAGCGGGACUACGACCAUGUGGACACAAGCAGUUUGGAUGAGGAGACACAAAUACUGGACGACUUCCAGGAGUGUGCAUUCAGUCUGCGUCAGAAGUACUCAACAGCCAGUGACAGCACACCUUUAACAACAGUAAAUCAUUCUAAUAUUGAUCAGGGUAAGUAUGAAUUAAGGGCUAAUGAAGAAAUGCCCCACAUUGUUGAAGGAGACGAAGUUGAUGUCAUCCCUGAGACAGAAAGUGAAGACAACACCACAAUAACAGAUGAGGAAAAGCCAACAGAGACAAAAGAGGAGGAGGAAGAGGUAGUUCUGGAUGAAGUACACCCUGGACCAGAUGUCAGUGUGGAAGAGGACAGUGGACAUUUUAAUAAAAACAAGGAAAAUAAGAUGGAAUUCAGUGAAACAGAUGAGAUACAGAAGGUCCCACAAGCCACUCUGGAAAAACCUUUAGAUGUGGGCCUUGGUGUUGAGGUGGAGCACUCACUUUCAGAAUCUUUGGACUCCAUGGAAUCAGUGUCUGAAGUUCAUGAAGUAGAAGUGGGAUUAUUCUCAGAUGGAGUUGUUCACAUGGGCUGCAUCCUUUCCAUGAUCAAAAGUAAAAUUGCAGAUUGGACCAUCGUGAUAAUUUCACUUUUGCCAGAAGAGUGGAAACCAGGAGAAACCUUGUAUGGCUGUCCUUGGCAAGCAGUCGUCAUCACUGCUUUAGCUGGGGUGAUAACCAUUGCCCUCUUCUUUUGGAGGACAGUGUUUGAGGUAAAGAAGAAAGAAUACCUUGUGGAUGAAAAAAGGUUCACAGAGCAAAUGCAGGCCCUUGUGAAAGAGAAAAACGAUGCUCUCACAAAAAUGUCUGAACUCCAGAAGCAGACUGAGCAACUCAAGGAAAACCAAAAGCAAUCAAAGGAGACGGUUAGUAGUUCAGUGAAAAGGAUGCAAGACCUGGAGAGUAAAGUUUUGGAGGCACAAUCACGCAAUGAGCAGAUCGCUGAGGAAAAGAACACAUUUGCAAUAUUACUUGAAGAAGAGCGGUCAAACUCAAUGCAAUAUGAAACCAGGAUUGAGAAACUGGAAAAGGCAAACGAGAAGCUACAGCUCAGCAGGAAAAAGAUUCAGGAUGCACUCACUAAGACUACUGCUCUCCUGGAUGAGGCCAAGAUUCGUGAAGACGCCCGAAAUGUUCAGCGCAAAUGUCUUGAAAAAGAAUACUCGGCACUAAAAGGCGAGAGCAAGACGCUUAAAGUGACUAUUAAGGACUGGGAGGACAAACACAAGGAGCUGAGUGAGCAGAUUAAAAGCUAUCAUAAGUCCCAGAAAGAUCUGGAGGAUUCUUUGGUGCUCAAAGAUCACAAUGUAGAGGUGCUGUCUGAACUUCUGGCAGACUUGGAUGCUUGUGAUUCACAAAAAGGUGACAACAAACUUUUAACCAAUGGAGCAGCAGAUAAGAAAACAGCCAUAAAGAACAGGAUUAAACAGAUGAUGGAUGUUUCUCGGGUCCAGACCACUCUUGCAGUCGUUGAAGAGGAGCGUGAUCGCUUCAUGUCUAAGCUCCUGAAUGAAGAAAAGUCUAGAAAGGGAUUAGAAGAGCAACACCAGGAGCUGGAACACGCCAUUGCAACUUUAAAAAGCGAGAAGAGCCACGUGGAGAACCAGUUCAAAAUCCUGCAGCAGAAAAAUGAAAUCAUGGUUGAAAUGUACCAUCAAAAGGAAAAUGCUCUCCAACAGAGACUAACCAAGGAGGAGCUGGAGCGACGCAGCAAAGAGAAUAUGCUGUCUGAGGUGGGAGGAAAAGCUCUGGAAGCAGAGGAGCAGGUCAAAGUUUUAAGGCAGCGCAUCAGUGAAAUGGAGGAGCAGAUGAAGAAGACUGAGGAAGUUUACAAAGAGCAGAUAAAGGAGCAAGAAAACAAAACUCACUCAAACUGGGUGACCGCUCGCAACGCAGAGAGAGCGUUGAAUCAAGAGAAACUGGAAUUGUCCAAGCUCCAUGAAAAGCUCACUGUGCUAUCCUCGCAGCUGAACGAUCGGCGCUCUUCUCUCUUCAGACCGAACUCUGGACAACCUGCAGGUCCUCGCCAAGGUGAUUCAUAUGGGCCUUCACCUGUCAGUGGGGGAGCACCUUCCCCCCCAAUAAUGAUCGAGGGCCCUAGACGCCCUCCGUCGGCUCCUGUGGGGCGAAGAAUUGACCCGUAUGGGCCUCGACCACCAUCAGAGCCCCACGGUCGCUACGCCGAGAAUAAACACAUCCCUGGGAUGGACAUGAUGGGUCCUCGCAGCUCGUCACCCGCCAACAUGGACACAUCUACACAAGAAGUAGAUCCACAGGUUAAAGCAGUGGCUCAGGCUGAGGCCUCCACAGAGAGUCCAGAGCCAGGACCUGGAUCCUUCAUAGUGUCUCCAAUCCGGGACUCGUCCGGCUCCAAGCUCCCGGGACCUCCACAUGACCCACUACUCCCUCCAGGACGUCUACCACCACCCGGACCUUACAGACCACCACGGCCUGGUCCCUACCACCUGCCACCUGGUCCUCCGCACCCAAACCUACCUCCUCUUCCAUUACCAAUUAACGGACAUCCAGGAAUGCCUCUGCCUGGACCAAUGGGAGGAGACUUCGGGCCUCGACCUGCAAAUGGACAUGCAUUCCCGCCCAGACUCGGCCCUGGCCAUGUUAUGGAUCCUCGAGGUCCACCUCCACCAAAUUUCCGUCCCCCUCCGUCUCAUCUUUAUAGACCGAUGCCUCCACCACACGGUCUCCGUGGGCCUGUUGGACCACGUCCUCCCAUCCCUCCUGACAUGCGCUUCCCAGGACCACGUGACCACACCUUCCCACCAAUGGACCUGCCCCCAGGUGUCCAUCCCCUACCGGCAUAUGCUGGCGACGCUUAUGGUCAAGUCCCGCCCAAUGUCCUCCAGAACUCAGCGGGCGCUCACAGCAGCUCCGGCCAGGACAUGCAUGUGAAGCAGGAGGCUCCUCAGGACUCAGCGAGACCAGCCACGGUCCAGCCUUAAAAAAAAACGCCACCAGCUCCAGCAGAGGACUCGACCAUUACCCCCCCCCCCCCCCCCUCCCAAACUCAUCACUUUAACAAACCUGAUCCAGUCCAAACAAAGGUCAUAAUUAUUUUCAUAUUUCACUUACGAAAUUUUAAAAAUAUUAAAAGUGUUUAAUAAAAAACAAAACCAUGUUCCUUAAAGUAAUUAUGUCUAAAAUCAAUAAAGUUUAAAGAGUUACCACUUUUCUUAUUGUGCAAUAACAAUAUAUUAUAUUCCAGACCAUUUUCAUUUAUCUUUUAAAGAAAUAUUCAUAACAAUGUUUUUUUUAAGGGGCAAUAUUUCUUUUCUUUUUUUUAAAUGUCAUUUCCUGUGGAAAUUAUUUUUUUAAAAUCGGAGGAGAAAAGGAGAGAUAUUUAGCUUCUAGCAUCUUAGGAAUGUCCCAAAGCUGUUUAUUUAGAACAAACUGUAAAGCGAUGUGUAAUUUGAUGGCCAGAUGUAUAACUUAUUUUACUAUGUCGGUAGAACUCUUAAUAAUAAAGAAUGUAAAAGCUG